CGUAGUCACAAGUCAUCCCCAUCUUCCCAUCCUCCCAUCGAUCUUCCUUUUGUUUGUCCUCCGCAGACCGUUCUGUCCCAAACACUCCUGCUUCAACCUCAGGGUUGCGUUUUCACAACUUUUUGGGAGUCUGGAUAAUUUUUCCAGAAAAUUUUGUAGCUUGUUGAGUUGUAAAGCCAGGAAAUGGCUGGGGCAACCGGAGGAAGGUCGCUGGAGCAGACGCCGACAUGGGCUGUUGCUGUAGUUUGUUUUGUUUUGGUGUUGAUUUCUAUUAUCAUUGAGUACAUCAUUCAUCUCACUGGAAAGUGGUUGAAGAAGAAACACAAGAGAGCUCUAUAUGAAGCGCUGGAAAAGGUCAAAUCAGAGCUAAUGUUGCUAGGGUUCAUAUCCUUGCUCCUAACAGUAGGACAAGGUCUGAUAUCGACUAUAUGUAUAUCAAAGAGUGUUGCAGCAACUUGGCAUCCAUGCAGCAAGUCUGAAGAAGAGAAGAGCACAACGACUGAAGAAUCAGACACCGAAUCCGAUAAUAGACGAAAACUUCUCAGCAUAUCGGGUUUUGGUGGAGGCAGCCGACGCGUUUUGGCGGCAGCUGGAGAAGACAAAUGUUCAGCUAAGGGUCAAGCCCCAUUUGUGUCGUCGGAUGCUAUUCACCAACUGCACAUAUUCAUCUUCGUACUGGCCAUUUUCCAUGUCCUUUACUGCAUCUUAACCCUGGCUUUGGGCACAGCUAAGAUGAGAAGGUGGAAGGCAUGGGAAAAGGAAACAAGAACAGUCGAGUACCAGUUCUCCCACGAUCCGGAGAGGUUCAGGUUUGCCAGGGAGACGUCUUUUGGAAGAAGGCACUUGAGUUUCUGGACCAAUACACCCUUUCUCAUCUGGAUAGUAUGUUUCUUCAGACAGUUCGUUAGGUCCGUUCCAAAAGUUGACUACUUCACCUUAAGACAUGGAUUUAUCAUGGCACAUUUGGCACCUCAAAGCCAUGCAAAAUUUGAUUUCCAAAAAUAUAUCAAUAGAUCGCUGGAGGAGGAUUUCAAGGUGGUUGUGGGUAUCAGUCCACCAAUAUGGUUCUUUGCCGUGCUAUUCCUUCUCCUCAACACUCAUGGCUGGUACUCUUAUCUAUGGCUGCCAUUCAUCCCACUGAUUGUUAUCCUAUUGGUGGGAACCAAGUUACAGGUGAUCAUAACCAAGAUGGGGCUUAGAAUUCAAGAAAGGGGAGAGGUUGUGAAGGGAGUGCCGGUUGUUCAGCUUGGUGAUGACCUCUUCUGGUUCAAUCGCCCUCGCCUCGUUCUCUACCUCAUCCAUUUUGUGCUCUUUCAGAACGCAUUUCAGCUGGCUUUCUUCGCAUGGACUUGGUAUGAAUUCGGGUUUAAGUCUUGUUUCUAUGCACACACUGAAGAUGUGGUGAUCAGGAUUUCCAUGGGGGUCAUCAUACAGAUUCUUUGCAGCUACGUAACUCUCCCGCUCUAUGCCCUGGUGACACAGAUGGGUUCAACCAUGAAGCCAACGAUCUUCCAUGAGAGAGUAGCCACGGCUCUAAGGAACUGGCACCACACGGCUAAGAAAAACAUCAAACACAACAAGCAUUCUGGGCUAGCCACACCCAUGUCAAGUAGGCCAACAACGCCUUCCCGCGGCACGUCCCCUGCUUACCUCUUGCGCUACUACCGGAGCGACAUGGACAGCCUCCAAGCAUCCCCGAGAAGGUCCAACUUGGACAUGGAGCAUUGGGAGACUGAUGGGUCCCCCUCCCCCUCGCACCCGCACCAUGGUGACGGCUCAUCCUCUCACCACAACCAGCUCCACCAAGGAACGUCCUUGGAACAUGAUAGAGACAUCAGCGCGCCUAGCUCCUCCCAAGUGGUUCCUCUUCCACAACCCACUCUCCACCAACACGAAAUCGAUGUUGUGCGCAAGGAAUUUUCAUUUGAUCGAAGAGAGAGGACGUGAUUGAUGGGCCGUGGAGAUUGAAUUUUCCCCCACAGUCAAAUCGUUACAGCCAACACCCAUUUGCUGUCGUGUGAAAGUGACAAGCAUUUCCGCCACAAUCAGCAGAUUUGCAUUUUUCCAGCGGCAAAAUGAUGUGGGAAAUUGGGAAUAUUCCAGCACUGCCCCAUGUUUCUGAAACCGGUCUUCUCUUCCUAUAUAUAUGUGCCCUUGGUUUUUACUUACCAAAUUCCACAGUUGAAACCAACAUCAGAGAGAGAGAUGGAGAGAGGGGAGGGGAUAGUAGGGAGGUUGGGUCGCCAUUGCUACGCGAUUUUCUGCUUUGGAAUGAUUCUCAUAGCAGUGGCCAUACCUCAUUUCGCUUUUGCCGUGGAGGAAAAGGACCCUUGUCAUCCUACCGAGCCACAGCGCCAUGCGCUUCUUCCUAACCGGAGCUAUUGAUUAUUGAGGCAGACCAGAUCAUGUCUCGGAUUCAGCUUCAUCUGAGGGCAAUUGGACCCUUGUUCAAUGUUCCUCAAAAGUUUUCCCUUGUAUCGUCUUUUUCUCGGAAAAAUGAAAGAAAAAAAAGGAGGGCGGAGACAACUGAGCUUCGCUGAAUCAUGAUAGGCAGGGGUUGGGCGAUUCAAAUGUUGAAUUUAUGCUACUUAUAUUGUAAUUUUACUCUUACAACAAGCGAAGUAGAUACCUCUGAGCUCA